AUGAGCAACCCUGCAAUCGAGAAGUACGGCUGGACAUCUGUCCCCCGAAAAGUCGAAACCCUCCUCAAACAAUCCCAAGCCUCGGGCCCCGCACCCUCCCUCUCCAUCUCCUCAAUCCCACUUCCCUACUCCACACUAUCCAAAGCCGUCUACGAAUACGCGCAGAAAGAGCUCCCCAUCGAGACCUUCAACCACAGCCUCCGCGUCUUCUACUACGGAAGCGCCAUCCUCUCGUACGCCUUCCCCAGCUGGUCAACGCCCUCCUUCAACGAGACCUAUUUCCUAGCAUGCCUACUACACGACAUCGGCACCACCGACAAGAAUAUCCACGCCACGCUCCUCUCCUUUGAAUUCUAUGGCGGCUUCCUCGCCCUCGAUCUCCUGAAGCUCCUCAACGCCCCGAGGGAGCAGGCCGAGAACGUCGCCGAGGCUAUCAUCCGUCAUCAGGAUCUGGGCGAUGAGGGCACCAUCACGCGCGUCGGCGCCUUGAUACAGUUGGCUACGAUCUUUGAUAAUAUGGGAGGCCAGCCGCAGCUGGUGAGUAAGGAUACGAUUGAGAGUGUGACGAAGGCGUAUCCGAGGAAGAAGUGGAGUUCUUGCUUUGCGGCUACGAUUAGGAGGGAGAAUGGGCUGAAGCCUUGGGCCCAUACUACUGCCCUUGGGGAGAGGGCUUUCCCGGAGGGGGUUGAGUCGAAUGAGUUGAUGGCGCCGUAUGACAACUCAGAAUGA